CUUGUUCCAACAUGGGUUCUUUACUUCUAAUCCUGAUGGCCUUAGUCGGGUCAGUAUCGGGACAGUCUUCGUCCCCACUGACCGUAGUUCGAACCUGGACAGGAGGUUGUGCGGGAACUUUCACUGUGCAUGCGGACAACGCUGUCGAUGGCUGGACUUGCACACUCAGUUUUGCCACGCCUGUAGAUAAAUUAGAUAUUUGGAAAGCUACGAUAUCCUCCGGUAGUGGCUCGGACUUUACUGUCACUAACAUGCCAUGGGAUAAAGUUAUACAAGCAGGGAAAGAUCUUCUUGUAGAGUAUAAUGGUGUGUUGAGUGGAGACAAAGGUUGCGAUGGUACUUAUACAUGUACUGGUGGCUCUGCCGGAACAGGUUCACCAGGAAGCGCAACGUCUGCACCAGGAAGCGCAACGUCUGCCCCAGCAAGCGGUACGUCUGCUCCAGGAGGCGGAUCUAGUAACACUGUUACUUCCGGUGGAACUUCUUCAGGAGGAAGUGCAACAUCAGCGCCAUCAUCCGGCGGUGUAACCGAAUCACAUCAAUGUUCCGGAUGUGGGUCUUCCAUGAAAUACAAUUAUAAAGAUGCUUUGAAGUUGUCAAUCCUUUUCUUUGACACCCAGCGUUCCGGAUAUCUUCCGGCAAAUAACCCGAUACCUUGGCGCGGAGACUCGAACGUCCAUGACGCAGACGACGGUCACGAUCUAAGUGGUGGCUGGUACGACGCUGGUGAUCAUGUCAAAUUUAAUUUACCAAUGGCCUGGUCUACGACAGUUUUGCUAUGGGGUAUGUUGGAGUUUAAAGAAGGUUACUCCUCGGCUGGACAGAAGGACAUGGCAUGUGACAUGAUCCGAACACCUUUAGAUUAUUUCCUGAAAUGUUGGAUACCCGACCAGCAAAGAAACUAUGUUCAGGUGGGAGAUGGACAUCAGGACCACGCCUACUGGGGCCGACCAGAAACGAUGAGCCAAUGGCGUGUAGGUUGGAGAACAGAUUCCGGUUGUCACGGAAGUGACGUAGCUGGUGAAAUGGUUGCCGCAAUGGCUUCUGGUUCCAUGGUUUUCAAAGAUAUUUGCCAAGAUACCAGUUAUGCUGGUAAACUUUUGGAGGCGGCCAAAGGUCUAUACAAUUUCGCAAAGACCAAUCGUGGAAAAUACUCAGACUGUGUAACGGUUGCCAAAGACUUUUAUGGGUCUAACAGUGAGGUGGAUGAUAUGGCUGUAGCUGCAAGCUGGAUGUACAAGGCUACAGCAGACACCGGUUAUCUCAAUGAUGCUAAAGGAUUUUACCACGGUGGUACACCGUGGACGUUUAACUGGGAUGAUGCCAAUGUCGAGGCUGCAUUAUUGCUCUAUCAAGUCACUGGAGAUGACACAUACAAGAAUGACGUAGAGGCUCUUGUCCGUUCGUUCAUGCCUGGAGGAGAUGUCGCUCAGACACCAUGUGGCCUCGCCUGGAGGGACAAGUGGGGACCAAACAGACAUGCUGGUAACAUGGCGUUCAUAGCAACAAUGGCGGCUAAGUUCGGAAUAAAUUCAGACGAGUACAAGAAAUGGGCCAUGUCUCAAAUUAACUAUCUCCUCGGUGAUAACAAAUUACAUAUCAGUUAUGAGAUAGGUUUCGGAAGUUAUUACCCAAAACGUCCGCAUCACAGAGGAAGCUCAUGCGCAACAAAUGGUUGGUGUGCUAAAGGCGGGGCGGACAACCCGAACGUCCUAUUGGGCGGUCUUGUGGGCGGGCCAGACCAAGGAGAUAACUACAAUGACGACAGAAACGACUUUGUGAAAAAUGAGGUAGCAUGUGAUUACAAUGCUGGUUUCCAGUCAGCUCUAGCAGGUUUGUCCUACUAUUCUUCAAUCAACGAGCUUCCACCAGCGCCCGCUGCCAAAUGUUGAUCUUGAAUGUUACCUUCAUAAUUAUAUUGCUAUAAAACUUU